CUUUUCCCUCUAUAAGUCAAUUGCGGGCGGGUCCUGCAAGAUUCCCGCUCCAUCUCCUCCUCCCCUCCCCCUCCUUCGACUUCGAAUGAAUGAUGCGCCCCAAGCCGGCGUCUUCAUUGCAGAAGACCUACGAUGAUUGCUAUUUGAUGUGCUCAACUGCCGUCUACUUUGAGGGCCAGAAUAAUGAGGAGGAAGCCUUAAGAUCUUGGCGCUCCGCCCUGGAAACGAUCUACUAUCACAACGCUUAUCGAGUCCCCGCCAAGUAUACCCCCAAGAACGAAACCGAACGAGCGUUGCAGGACUCCAUCCGUCAGUUGGAGCUGCAAUGCCGCGAGCGCGUCGAUCUUCUGCAAGCCCUUCGCGAAAGUCGAAAGGAUACAUCGGGCAAAUCGCCUCCGCGAGCCACCCCCGGUUGGAUCGGCGACGGGACCGUCCCCGCCGUUGGAUACACCGAUCUCUCCAAACCGCCCACCAUCCCCGGUCGUCCGACUCCCACCACCACCGUCAGUUCGGAGUCAAUCCGACGGGAGUCAGCCAGUGCCGCCACUUCUCCCCCCAUGCCGGGCACCCCCGCCCUGCGCACCCAAUCGCAUUCCCCGAGCAAGGCCGAUUCGCGCACCUCUAGCCCCGAACGGCGGAAGCUGACCAUGCCUUUUACCCUGCGCAGUUCGGAGAUCAAGAAACAGAGCAAGAAGAAGGACAGCUCCCGCCGGAGGGAUCUGCGGCCGGCCGCAGCCUCCCAGGCCGCAGGGUUGGCCUGGGGUAGCAUCUACCCAUCCUUCACGCCGCCAGACAGAACGGCCAGUGAUGCGGCAUUGGCCUCGACCCGGGCCUCCAAUGACUCCAGCAUCCGAAAAGAGUCGGAAUCCCGCCGUCCGCUCUCCGGCGACGAGCGUGUUCCAAGGAGAGCAACACAUCCGGCAGAUGACCCCGACGAACGUCGACAUGGCCGUAAACCCCGUGCCUCAGACCAGUCGGUAUCGCAUCGGCCCUCUGCACGGAGAACGGCAACCUCCUCCUCCACUACCACCCCUACUACAUCGACGCACCGCAAACCGGUCGGCGGCGAAGUUCGACAUCAGUCCUCUAAUCAGUCGCUCCCCGCUUCGGUUGAAUCGCAAUCAAGGAAUGUCGGUCGGCCGCAGCCUCCACCUAAGCCUUCUAUCAAACCGAAACCGGUCUCCCUACGGUCACCCCAUCCCACUUCCUCCCCAUCAGGUGUGUCACCAGACCCGCCGGAAGGUUCGGGCACGCCGCGAACCAAGCCGGCAUCUCGUCCACGGAUUACACCCACCUCGUCAACCGAUGGCAGGCUGGUCCCUGGGUUGGAUCGUCUGACCCUCACACCCAGCAGCGCGAAGGUCGCUGCUCAGUCGCCAGGAGGCCUGAAUCGCACGGUAACGCCUCCUUCCAGCGACCCUGAAUCAUCCGGGCCCAAGUCUACGGAUCCUGACGAGGGAGACCUCGAGGAAGAAGACGAAGAGGAUGCCAUCAUGAAUGUGAUGAAUAAGCUCCCGAAAGGCGUCGAUGCGACGGCUGCGCGCCAAAUAUUGAACGACAUCGUUGUCCGCGGCGACGAAGUCCACUGGGACGAUAUUGCCGGUCUGGACGGAGCCAAGAAGGCCCUCAAAGAAGCCGUGGUUUACCCUUUCCUCCGUCCCGACCUCUUUUCGGGUCUCCGCGAGCCGGCGCGCGGCAUGCUCCUCUUCGGACCGCCAGGCACGGGCAAGACGAUGCUGGCCCGCGCGGUGGCCACCGAAUCCCGAUCGACCUUCUUCUCCGUCUCGGCCUCCACGCUCACCUCGAAGUGGCACGGCGAGAGUGAGAAGCUCGUGCGCGCGCUGUUCGGCCUGGCCAAAGCCCUGGCCCCGUCCAUCAUCUUUGUCGACGAGAUCGACUCGCUGCUCUCCGCGCGCUCCUCGGGCACCGAGAACGAAGCCUCCCGCCGCUCCAAGACCGAGUUCCUCAUCCAAUGGUCCGACCUCCAACGCGCCGCCGCCGGCCGCGAACAGAAGGACAAGAAAAUCGGCGACGCCAGCCGCGUGCUCGUCCUCGCCGCCACAAACAUGCCCUGGGACAUCGACGAGGCGGCCCGUCGCCGCUUCGUCCGGCGACAGUACAUCCCACUCCCCGAACAACACGUCCGCGAACAGCAACUCCGCAAACUGCUCAGUCAUCAGAACCACGAGUUGACGGACGAGGACAUCGAGGUAUUAGUCCAGGUUACGGAGGGCUUCUCCGGCUCCGACAUGACCGCCUUGGCCAAAGACGCCGCCAUGGGCCCGCUCCGCAACCUCGGAGAGGCAUUGCUGCACACCCCGAUGGAUCAGAUUCGACCGAUCCGGUUCCAGGAUUUCGAGGCGAGCUUGCUCUCGAUCCGGCCCAGUGUCAGUAAGGAAGGGUUACAGGAGUAUGAGGAGUGGGCGAGACAGUUUGGUGAACGGGGCGGAUAGACAAGAAUCGUCGGCAUGUUGACCUUUUUUUGGCCCCUCUCUUCUAAACUCCUUCUU